UGUUCUUGGUCACGGUUCACAUUUCCUUCAGAUAGAUCGGUUCGUUCACUUUGUUUUUUAGUUACAGGUAUCAUGAACAUGGAUACCGGAGUGCACUGCGAUCCGAACUUGUUGCCGCAACCGAAUCAUGUAAUCGUUAAUCAUUUAUACGCUCUUUCCAUCAAGGUAAGUUUGACCUUGAACGCCUGGCGCUUGCUCUAUCUUCCUGUUUGUUCGUUUUUGUUCUUUACUCGAUUUUCACGCCUCAUUCACUGUACUUGUCUCUCAUGUUAG